AUGAGGUGUGAUCUAAACAAUGGUACAAAUCCUAUCCAGUACUUCUGGGAGCAGGAGGACCAAAGUGGGCUGGUCACCAUACUGGCUGAGAACAACAGCAGUCUGAUCAGCUUCACUCGGGUGAGCCGUAACCACACGGGCUGGUACAGGUGCCUGGUCAGAAAUGAGGUCAAUCAGCAGCUCAGUGAACGUAUCUGGUUAGAUGUCUUGUUUGGACCCGACUCGCCUCAGAUCGACACCACAGCUCACUCAGUAACAGAUCAAGGAUACUCCGUCAUGGAAAAUGGAAACAUCUCCCUCACGUGUCGAGCCCUGUCCAACCCCGCCAGUCGAUACAUCUGGUUCUACAACAACUCAGAGAUUUAUGUUGGAACACGGCUCACCAUCACCAAGAUCCUACGCAGGGACACGGGCAAUUACACCUGCCUGGCACAGAACACAAACCUCAACACGUACCUCAACACGUCUUCCAAGAGAACCGUUACUCUCACUGUCUACUAUCCACCCAAUGUUGCACCAACCUGCUCUAUCCUCCCAAUAAACAACUACACUGACCUGGCUCUCACCUGCUCCUGGGAUGGAGGUUGUCCCCCAGCUACCAUUUAUUGGAGACCAAAUAAGAAUAGAGACCCGGCAGUCUCUAAUAUCACUAAAGUCACUCAGAUUCAGCCAGGACCUGAGACUGCUAACAACUCGUUAUUCAUCUGCUAUGGCUCACAUGUUGCACUCAAUGCUACCCAGAGCUGCAAUGCUAGUUCAUGGCUGCCUUAUGGAGAACCCAGAUGUUCUGCAAAUUCCAGCCAUAAUAAUGAGCACCUAAUGCUGUCCUGCUCCUGGGAGGGAGGUUCUCCUCAGGUUUUGCUUUGGUGGACCUCCAGUUCAGGAGAGAUACAAAGUACACCCGAGGAGAAGUCCGACAUCCUGGUUCUGCACUCAAGUAGCAUUCAUAAUGGCAAAUUCUUUGUAUGCCAUGCCAAGCAUCCACUAACCAGAGAUACCACUCAGUGUGUGGUAACGUUUGAGGCGCCAGUGUUAAUGACCCAGCACAGCAUGGUGUCAGUCUAUGAGGGUAACGAUGUCCAGCUCGCCUGUGUGGUCAGCAAAAGCUACCCCGCUACUACAGAAAUUACCUGGUACAACAACUUCAAGCAGGUGAUCAACGGCACCACGAGGAAGUAUGUUCUUGAACAAGGUGCAGCCUGGUGUAACCUGACCAUUGUGAAAACGGACAGAACGAUGGACAGUGGACAGUACUGGUGUUUUGCUAAUAAUGCUGUUGGAGGAGCAGAGAUUUCUGUUUCAUUGCAGGUGAUGAGUAAGUGA